AUGACUGGCUGCAAUUCCUGUCUGCAAGGAUGCCGUACCGUCCCCAUUGGCCCGGCCACCACCCUCUGCUCCUCUGACAUAUACUGUCCGUGUGCAGUCUGCCUGCCCAGCACCUGUCCACACAAGAUCAACCUCCUUCAGCCCAGCUGCUGUGACACUUGCCCCCCACCCUGCUGUGUGCCUGAUUCCUAUGUGUCAUCGUGUUGGCUGCUCAACAAGGGCUACUCUGCCCCAAACCUGAAAGGGAUCUCUGUUUCCACCUGUGUUGAACCGUGUGAGUGUGACCCCUCUUGCUGCUAA